AUGGCCGCACCUCAAAUUACUCAGCUCACGCUCACGCCAGUCAAGAAGCGACGAACAAGACCUUCGUUUUCUCCAGUCAAGAAUCCCAAAGUUAUCGCACCUUCAAAGCGUCGCCACUCAACUGACGCUGGCGAAAUAACUACCCUUCCUUCGGACCCAGAUAUCCCAACAGCUGCGCUCGACUUUGAAGAAUUCUCGUUCAUCGGGGCUGAUGGAGAUAUGAGAUGGAAAAACGUUGGCGAUUACAAGAAAAUAUUCCUCGAGUAUCUGGCUGAGAAUUUUGGAUGCUCCGCGGUGGAUUAUUCGAUGCCUUUCAUUGUACUUGAAUUCCAUGGCGACCCUCCCCCUGAAGAUCAACGUCCAUUCACUAUUGCAGGAGCAAUUGCUGUCUGGAGAUCCAUCAAUGAUCCGCCCUUCAUUCCUUUUUUGGGUGAGCAUGGUCAAGCAGAGGAGAUUACGCUUGACGAUAGCAUCUGCGACAUGAUGCAAACGAGGAAGAUGCCGCCAGACGAGGUCAUCCUUUACCUCGCCAAUCAUAUAUUCACAGACUGUGAAGCUAUAUCCCUUCUAUGGAAUACUCUGGUCAUUGAGCUGCCGGAGAUGGAGACCAAAGACUACCUCGCACGUCUAGAGACACUCCCGAUGGACCUCAUAGGAAGCCCUCAUUCUCUAGAAUAUCACAAUGGUCCCCUGCCAAACACUCCGAGGCGAUCUCGUGCCAUCAAGCCAAAGCCCGCCAAGCUUGAGGGCAUGGUUGCCGAUGAGACAGACUACGUGCACAUGGAUGGUAAAUUCUACCCAGGAAGCAUGAUUAGUUCUAUCGACAAGAAUGGUCACAUUCAUAGCUCGGUCUCGGCUGGGAUUCUGAUCGAGAGAAAUGGAGAACGACGUCUUACAUGUUCCUGGCAUAAUUGGGAAGGCCUUGUUGAUUCAGAGCAAGUUGGUCAGACAGAUGCCAAGACCAAAGAAAUCCUUCAGGUCAGGCAAGGCGUCCUCAAUGGUCUGCCGGGCACGAAAGUCGGAUUUGUUCGUGAGCGCAUCAAGAACACAGAUAUCGCGCUCGCACAAUUGGACGAUGGCAUCAAGUUUGAGAAUUCGUUUCUGGAUAUGAAAUCGAACGUGUCUCCCAAGGUGUUCGUUUCCUCGGAAGACCAAGAAAACGGUGACAGAUAUUUAGCGGAGUCUUUUGUCACUGGUCAACAGAUCUUAUAUGGAUACGGUGGACGGUGUGAGUUGACCAAGAUUCGCCGAAAAGUGGCACAUCCCGAACUUGCUGGACACAAGGGAUUGCCUCACGACGACGUCGCUUAUGUCAAGUGCAGGCAGGGAGCCUUCGCCACUGAUGUUCCGAUCAUGGACAGGAAGCCGUUCAUCCGAGAUAGUAUCUGCGGAUCUGUUCUUCUACGAUAUCGAGACAGCAUGAAGAAUAGUAAGAACAGCAAGAGCAGCAAGAAAGACACUCCAGCUGAGGUCUUGAAGCGUGGCGAGGCCUGUGGGAUGAUGCAUUUUGCUGACCUGUACCAUAAAUACCAUGAUAAAACAACGGCCGACUACCUGAUUUUCGCUGAUGCCUUCGAUCCUCUUAUAAAAGAGGGUUGGACCAUAGUCCAGCUAGAAGAAGCAGAAGUUGUCAUGCCAGAAGUUCCGAAGGAACAGGGACUGGAAGUAGGUGUCGGUGUUGAGGAAUCACCUUCAAAAAAAACAGCGAACUUCAUAGAUCGAAUUGCACAACAGUUCUACGCAUAA